AUAUAUUUUAGUUAGCCUAUUCAAGAAGAUGUGCUUACGGUGGACAGAAAUAAUGAUCUUGCUGACAGUUGGGAACCAUUAUUAUUUCAUACUGACAGGUCGGAUGAAUGUUUUUAUUUUCCUGAUGGGCUUUUUCAAUUUCCACACACCGGAGACUAGUUUAAACAAACAGAUUAUAAUUGUGAAAUGAAAUUCACAUGUAAAAUGAAGCUUGAACGUUACGAGUCUUCUCAGUUUCACUGUCGAAAGUGAGCUGCUUAUCAAUCUUUUAGUUAAAAAUACAUGCAGCGUAUACUAUUACCUUUGAUCUUGUUUGAAAAUUGUUUGUGAAAAAAUAUAUUGAAUAUACAAUUUUAAAUUGCCUUAAUUGAAAUGGAAUCUCGACGGGAGGAUAAUCCGUGGAAGCAAAAAUCAAGGAUUGAGUUGAUCGCUUUUUCAGACAUUAUUGUUGCAGUGGUGGGAGUUAUCUAUUCAACUUAUAGAAUGUUCACAUUUUACUGGAAUUUAGAAACUCAGGAUGUAACGGAAUGGGUUAAGCAUCCUUUGCAUUUUCCAUUUUACGUGUUUCUUUGGGUGGUUGUGCUCCUGUUAUACGGAUUUCAAAUGGGAACAUCAUUUGUCCUGUACAGUGCGAUUGACCAGGAAGCCACAGAAUCAGAUCCAUACAUUUCCGUGCAGAAAUGUAACUGUUGGCUGCGUUGUUCGCGAGUUUUGCUUGGAGUGAUUGUUAUCAAAUUGUGUCUUCAACCAGUCAUAAUGAGUGUUGGAAAGUUCUAUAACGUUUACACAAUUGUCUUUGGAUUUAUAGAGCUACUUUUCAGAUGUGCAGCUAUUUUUGCAGUAAAAGGAUUCAUUCAAGACCUGCAACAGUGAAAUUAUUAUUCAUAAUAAAAUGCUGGCAGUAUUUAUUUAUGUUUACACAUGUGCAGAGUAAAAUAAAAUUGGAAUAUAUAAA